CCAUCAGAGGAGCUCUUCGAAUGGCGUCGCUCUCGCUCAUCACGUUCUUGACUGGGGGACCGUCUCUUCUUUCUGCGUGGUUUAUGUGCAGCGGCGAUGGCUCCACCGGCAACGGCACCGGUACCGGCAGCAAGAGCAGCCUCAGCAAGAUCAAUAUCUCGAUCAGCAGAAGGCUCCUCAGCAGGUGCUUCUUCAGCGACAGGCUCUUCGACGGGAGCAGGUUCUUCAGCGGCGGGUUCGUCAGCGGGGGCUUCCUCUGCUGCCUCUUCUACAGCAGGUUCCUCGGCAGGAGCUUCUUCAGCGACGGGUUCUUCGACCGGAGCGGGUUCUUCAGCAGCAGGCUCUUCAGGAGCAGGUUCCUCAACCGGGGCAUCCUCCACAGGAGCUGGCUCUUCAGCUGGGGCAGCCUCUUCAACAGGAGCCUCUGGCUCUUCAACAGCAGGCGCUUCUUCAGUGACAGGUUCUUCGACAGGGGCAGGUUCUUCAGCAGGAGCUUCCUCCACAGGAGCCGGUUCUUCAGCAGGGGCUUCAUCCGCAGGAGCCGGUUCUUCAGCAGGGGCUUCAUCCGCAGCAGGUUCAUCGAUAGGAGCGGGCUCUUCAGCGGCGGGUUCUUCGGGGGCAGGUUCCUCGGCCGGGGCAUCCUCCACAGGAGCUGGCUCUUCAUCUGGGACAGCUUCUUCAGCGGGGGUUUCAUCUGCUACCUCUUCUACAACCGGUUCCGCAGCCGGUUCAUCAGCCGGAGCCUCUUCAGCUACAGCUUCAGGAGCUGGCUCUUCUGCCGGUAGGUCUUCAGCCUGUGCUUCAGGCGCUUCUUCCGCAGCGGGCUCUUCGGCAGGCGCUUCCUCUGUAGCCUCUGCAGCCGCGGGUGUCUCCUCAACAGGAGUCUCUUCAGUUGGUGCUUCUGCCUCUUCUGGAGCUUCUUCUGGGGCUGGAUUUUCUUCGGCUACUGGUUCGGGUUCGGGUUCUGCGGCGGCGGGCUCGUCGGUAGGAGGAGCUUCUUCUGUGACAUCUGCAGCAGGUUCUUCAGCCGGAACUUCCUCAGCAGGGGCCUCUUCAGCUUCUGCUGCAGCGGGCUCAUCUGCAGGAGGAUCUUCUGCCGGGGUUUCUUCCGCUGUAGCGGCUUCCUCAGCGGAAGCUUCCUCUGCAGCAGCAGGUUCAUCGGUGACAGGUUCUUCGGCGGGAGGAUCUUCAGCGGGAGCCUCUUCGGCUGGGACCUCAUCGGCAGCGGGUUCCUCGGCUGGAGCCUCCUCAGCGACAGGUUCUUCAGCGGGAGGAUCUUCGGAAGCAGGUUCCUCAGCUGGAGGGUCUUCAGCAGGAGCUUCUUCGGCUGGGACCUCCUCAGCAGCAGGUUCUUCGGUAGCUUCCUCGGCGGGAGCUUCUUCAGCAGCGGGUUCUCCGGCGGGGACUUCUCCGGCGGGCUCCUCUGGCGGAGCAGGAUCUUCUACUGGGGGUUCUUCUGCUGGAGCUUCUUCAGCAGCAGGUUCUUCGGCGGGAGGUUCUUCGGCAGGGGGUUCCUCUGCAGGUUGCUCCUCAGCGGGAGCCUCCUCUGCAGGCUCAGCUGGAGCAGGUUCUUCAGCCGGCGCAUCUGCAGCGGGAGCUUCUUCAGCCGGUGCUUCUUCUACCGGUGCUUCUUCAGCCGGCGCAUCUGCAGCGGGAGCUUCUUCAGCCGGUGCUUCUUCUGCCGGUGCUUCUUCUGCGGGCUCUGCUAGGGCUUCCUCUGCAGGUUCUGCCGGGGCAGGUUCUUCAGUAGGAGGAUCUUCGGCGGGGGGCUCCUCAGCGGGUUGUUCUUCAGCGGGAGGGUCUUCGCCCUCUACGGCGGGCGGAGCAUCUCCCUCGUUUGAUUCCGCGGGAGGGUCACCGGCGGGUUCAGCGGCGUCGGCGUCAGGAGCAGGCGGAGCUUCAUCUGCGACGGGGUUGAGUAAGGAUCAUUGUCGACACACCCAAAAAAGAUAGAUCCCCGCUCUCCCCUCUUGGGAGAGGAAGAGAAUUGAGUCUUCCACAUCCCUCCAGAGGAGUUAGGAAAAGAAGUUGUAGGUUUUACUCACCUCCGGCCUCGGCGGGGGGGCUACUUGAUCCUUCAUCUACUGGGGCAUCUUCAGCGGGAGGGGCAGGUUCGGCGGGGUUGUUGUCCUGAUCCUUAUUAUCGGGCGUCAGAUCGGAAGAAGAGGAAUCAUUGACAGGAUAAAACGAAGAUUGCAAGGUAUGACGGUCGAAGGUCUGGUAUUGACGCUCGAAUGUCUGAUA